AUGUUGAGAAAUAAGGUCUUUACGGCGCUCCAGAAGACCUAUGAUGACAGCUAUCUGAGUUGCUCGACAGCUGUCUACUAUGAGAGCCAGGGCGACGAGCUAGAGGCAUUGCGUCAUUGGAGGCAUGGUCUCGAGCAAAUUUACGAGCACCAAGCUACAAAGGCCAUUCCAGGCUACGAACCUCAAACGGAUACUGAAAAGGCGUUAGUGGAGGCAUUAAAUCAAUUGGAGCUGCAAUGCAAAGAAAGGCUUGAUCUUCUAGAAGCGCUACGCGUUUCUCGUCAAGAAGGCUCGUCGAUGCCACCAGCCACUAGUAUUUGCAAGACUUCAACAUCUGAUGACGACAGGAAUAGGAACCAUCCAAAAGGUUCCAUUGGACAAGGCACUAUUCGUGCCGUAACAUACUCGGAACUCUCUCGGCCGAUUCUUUCUAGCCGACCAGCCUUGCCUCCUCGGAUAUCGUCGGAUCAAGCAACUCCUUCAAUGCCAUAUGGAGGCGACCAAAAUGUGGAAGCGAAUCCCCGCCUGAGCACCAAUGCAAGAUCACAUUCGCCUACUCUCCCUAGUAAAACGGAUAGAACGCUACGUUCCAAUAGUCCAGAGAAACAUACUAUGAGAACGACUCUUCGUUCUGGUAGGGCGAAUGACAAACUGAGCAGACCGGCUGGGCGUUCACCAAAGCCUGUCGCAGAGGGACCAAGUAAAGCAGCGACCUUGGCAUGGAGUGCUCUGGGAUCGCGCGAACGACUCCACAGGUUACCUUCUGACAGCAGUUCAUCGACCUCUCAUUUAACCGCCCGGCCUACUUCAGAUCAGACAAUACUUGCAUCAUCACCUUUGCAAUGGGACAGUCAUUCUAGACGACUGGUGACACAGCGAGAUGCGGAGACUUAUCCCAACGGAUUGCAAUCCAUUAGUGCAUCCAGACAUUCCGGGGAAUAUUCACAGUCCAAACCCUCCCUGCUAUCCGUUUCCGCCGCCUCUAGCGCUCUGAACGCCCUGUCGUAUCAAGAGGCACCCUUUUCAGAUCCAGCAUCGAACAAAAAUCCUGAACGUAUUUCGCCCGCCCGGAUGGCUGCAACUUUCAGCCAGUCGACAAGAUCCUCGGGAAGUGAGCAGCCUACCAACAUAUUCCCCGCUGGCGACUCAGAAGACACGGCAGAGAAAAGGAAUUUGUCUGACAGUGCAGUGCGACGAAAAGAGAUAGUCAAGAGACAGACACAACCGUCCCGCCCACUCUCCAAAACCAGUAGCCUAAAUCGUGAGAAUGCAUCUCAUCAAGUUAAAAAACAGGCAAAGGAUGGCUCAAGCGAUUCUGAUAGCCCGAUGGCCCAGCCAUUUUUCGAGCCUAGGCGAGACAAGCGGAAAGGAUUUUCGGUAAAAAUGGGUGCACAGUCACAAUCAUCUGAGGAUACAGACAUCGACAAUAAUUCCACAGCCAAAGCCCGGGAAAAGAAGGCCACGAUUCUUAAGCAUCUACCAUCUAGUAUUGACGAAGGAGCGGCCAAGCAAAUUCUCAACGACAUCGUCGUGCAAGGAGACGAGGUGCAUUGGGGAGAUAUUGCCGGGCUAGAGAUUGCUAAAAAUGCUCUUAGAGAAACAGUUGUCUAUCCAUUUCUUCGACCAGAUUUGUUUAUGGGACUGCGCGAACCGGCCAGGGGCAUGCUUCUAUUCGGACCUCCGGGAACGGGGAAAACUAUGCUAGCGCGAGCCGUAGCCACGGAGUCAAAGUCGACAUUCUUUUCUAUUUCAGCGAGCAGCUUGACGAGCAAGUAUCUUGGAGAAUCGGAGAAGCUAGUUCGUGCCCUCUUUGGACUUGCAAGAGUUCUGGCACCCAGCAUCAUAUUUGUUGACGAGAUUGAUUCUCUUUUAUCGCAAAGAUCAGGGUCAGGAGAACACGAGGCCACAAGACGAAUCAAAACAGAGUUUCUGAUACAGUGGAGCGAUUUACAACGCGCAGCUGCUGGAAGAGAAACCACAGAGAAGGAUAAGGAGCGAGGAGAUGCAAACAGAGUUCUUGUUCUCGCCGCAACUAACCUUCCUUGGGCCAUUGAUGAAGCAGCCAGACGCAGGUUCGUUCGACGGCAGUAUAUCCCACUGCCAGAGCCACGAACCAGAGAGACGCAACUUCGAACACUGCUAGGACAACAAAAGCAUGGCCUUUCCGAAUCGGAUAUAGAGAUACUUGUGAGGUUGACAGACGGAUUCUCGGGUUCAGAUAUUACUGCUUUGGCAAAGGAUGCCGCAAUGGGGCCACUUAGAUCACUUGGCGAAGCAUUACUUCAUAUGACCAUGGAUGAUAUUCGACCUAUUCUACUUGUAGACUUUGAAGCAAGCCUGAGCACGAUACGCCCCAGCGUGAGCAAGGCUGGACUCAAGGAGUACGAAGAUUGGGCCAAGGAAUUUGGUGAAAGAGGAGGCUAA